AUGAGUAGUGAUACAAAUGAUUAUAUUAAAUUUGAGAGUACCAAUAUAAGAAUUGAUGAUAUACUAAAAUGUUCAUUCUCAAGCUGGUGUGAUUUAUUCAAAGAUUACUUAUAUCCAUAUCGUAUAAUUAAACCUCUCCCUACAAGUUUUAUUGAGUAUUUGUUAAGUGACGGUAUAAAAUUGAAUUCAGAUCAACAAAAAUUGGAACAAACUAGUGAUAAUGAAUACAGUGAUUGGGAAGAGGAAGAAGAACCAAAUGAAGAUUCUGGACCGGUGCACUCAAAAUUCCCAGAGUUACAUGAACAAAUAAUAUCUGACAUUAAAGAGCUCGGUGGUAAGGUGAUCCCGAAACUAAAUUGGUCAAGUCCAAAAGACGCGAAUUGGUUACUCCCAGGUAAUACAAUCAAUUGUACUGAUAUCAAUGAUAUAUACUUGUUACUUAAAUCAUCAGAUCAUGUAGUUGAUGACUUAUUAUAUCCAUUUCUGGAGGUAGAAGAAAAAGAGGUUACAACCAAAGUGGAGCAUGAACUAAUACUAAAGAAAUGGAUAGAUAUCAAUCCAGCACUUGAGUUUAGAGUAUUUGUGAAAGAUAGUAAAUUAUUGGGGGUUUCACAGAGAGAUUUGAAUCACUAUGAAUUUCUAAAAGAUUUGCAACCACAAUUACAAGAAAAAAUAGAACCAUUUAUAGCUCAGGCAAUUGAGAAAUUGCAAAAGACUGACUUAAACAGUUUCAUAAUAGAUAUAUAUAUUCCAAGGCCAUUUUCCAAAAUUUAUGUGAUUGAUAUAAAUCCAUUUCUGAGAAAAUCAGAUUCUCUAUUGUUUACAUGGAAUGAACUACUUACUAAAAAAUUUGAACAAUAUGAGUUUAGAUUAAUUAAUGAAACUAAUGUGGGAGCAUUUGCUAAAAAGCAAUAUAGUGAAAGUCAAGUUCCUAUUGAUGUUGUUGGUGCUACUCAUGAUUCUGAAGCUUUAAUUGAAUUAGCUAGAGAAUGGGAUAAAUUGCAAAAAAAUGAGGAUCAAGAUACGCUGAAUUAG